GGGGGGGGGGGUUCCCCGCCUCCCACAUCGAUCCGAUGGAGCCCCGAAACUUUACAAGUUUUCUUUUCCAGCAGACCAACGCUGCAAGAUCAAGCACCGAAGGUUGAAAGACACUAAUUCUUUCUCAUCUGGAUCACAAUCAAGCCUGAAGAGGAGAAUUCUGUUUCGAUUUAUAUCCUGUUUAGACGCUGAAAAAUGUACAUUCAGAGUGCAGCACUGUUUUUAUGUUGGCUUGUGCUGCGGGUGCACGUUUGUCUGAGCCAGAGAGACUGCACAGGUGCAAACUGUCCUGUUCUGGAGAACUGCAUCGAGAUGGUUGUUGGUAAAGCCCCCUGUUGCCCCACCUGUAUACAGAGGGGCUGCACCUGUGAGGGCUACCAGUACUAUGAUUGUGUCCAAGCUGGGUUCCAGAAAGGGAAAGUCCCUGAAGGGGAAUCUUACUUUGUGGACUUCGGAAGCACUGAAUGUUCUUGUCCUCAGGGAGGAGGAAAGAUAACCUGUCAUUUCAUUCCCUGCCCUGAAAUUCCACAAAACUGCAUUGAUGUCUCCCAACCUGCAGAUGGAUGCCCACAAUGUAGACGAGUUGGCUGUAUCCAUGGCAACAAGAAGUAUGAUGCAGGUCACUCUUUUCAGAUCGACCCAUGCCAGGUGUGCCACUGUCCAAAUGAAGGUGGGCAGCUGAUGUGCUUACCCAUCCCUGGCUGUCACCUACAAGGUGCACAUGAGCCCCAACGAGUUACCACCACCAAGAACAACAACCCUUUGUCAGACAAUCGUGACAGCCGACACAUGAGUCCUCUAGAACCACUUUCCAAGCUGCCGCUGGGAAACACUCUGCCCCUAUAUAAGCCGGACCCACCCAGUUCUGGCACAGAGGAUUAUGACUACACACUGGUGGAGCCUACAUCUUCCACUGUCCAAGAUCGGGCCCAACCACUGGAAUCUACUGCAGUACCACAAACCUACCCAGAGUCAAGCUCCAGUUCCUUUAUCUCCCAUGAUGACAGGAGGCAAGAGUUGAGAGGCAAACAAAAAAACUCCCAUCAAGACAGGGAUGGAAAGGAUGAGGUCAAAUUCAACAUAGAUCCAACUACUACUGGAGCUCAGAAAGAAACAUCGACCCCACUAACUACAACUACAGUCACCACAGAGAACCACCGGACCCAACAAGAAGGUGGUGAACAGACCAUUAGACAUAACAGGGACAGCGUGGUGCAGGAAACAGCAACUGCCCAUGGCAACAAGAGCGUCAGACACAUUGGCCAUCGCAAACACGGCCAGGGUAGUCACGGGUCUCCCUCAGUAGGCCAGAAACAACAAAAUAAAGUCUCAGAGGAACACAGGCAGGAUGUUAGUAAAGUGAAGCAAGGAGCAUAUCUCAUAGUCCAGCAAGGUUCUACCAGCAGAACUCUAGAAAGAGUCAUGGCGGAAGGAGAGCAGCCGCACAGACAGUCUCACACCCUGAACAACUACCAGGCCCAGGAUGUGGAAAGAUACACAGAAGUUUCUGCUGCAGAACUGGUGAAGACCUGCUGUGAGACAGGUGAAAACUGGGCUUCAGCUAACGGUCACUGCACCAACAUGAGUCCACCCACAAGCGACAGGCACUCCAUCUGCUGGACCGCUCAACAACAGUGCUGCUGGGCUUCCCUGAGAGAAAAACGGUGUUUGGCUGGAAUUAAAGCAGCCAGAGGAGGAAAAAUGUGUGAAGAUGACACCAGUGAUAAAUGUGAAGCUAAUUCCUACAAGGACUGCUGCGGCUGCUGCUCUUUGGGGUUGCAGUUUCGAAGCGAAGGACUCCGUUGCAAACCCCACCAGUACCUCAGCUACCGCUGCAGGCACGCUUUUGUCACCUGCUGCCAGGGAAACGAGGACCAAGCCAGGAGUCAGGAUGGUUGGAAUACCGUCAGAAAGAGGCCGGUUCUCCACUCCACUGCCCCACCAACCAAAUUGUUUGACAGGUCUUUCCCUAAAGAGGCUUUCUCCAUCGGCGAGGAGCAAGAAGCGGAGAACGCGGUGGAGGUCCCUGCAGCGGGGGAGGAUAUAGACGAGUGUCUUAUAUACGAGGGACGCAUCUGUAACCACAGAUGUGUCAACACACCUGGUUCCUUCAGGUGUGAAUGUUUCCCUGGAUAUGUCCUGCAGGAGGACGGAUUCACUUGUGCACAAGCGACACCGGACAAGGAGAACAGAGUGAAAGAAAGUGACAGAGCAGCGGUGGAACAGACCUCACCCCCUCCGCUCCCCACCCAACCCCAAGUCCUACUCAACCCCUGUGAAGGAAACAGCCCAUGUGAGCAACAGUGCACCCCAGUCGGAGGAAGAGUGCAAUGUUCAUGUUUCCCCGGAUUCUCCCUUAGUACUGAUGGACACUCCUGUGAAGAUAUAAACGAGUGUUUGUCUGCACACACCUGCCAGCCGAACGAGCGCUGCACAAACACUGCGGGGAGUUUUACAUGCCAGAGACUGAUCAGCUGUCCCCCGGGAUACCAGAUCAACAACGGCAUCUGUGCAGAUAUCAACGAGUGUGUGCAAAGGAGCCACAACUGUGGUUUUGGCUUUGACUGUGUGAAUACUGAGGGCUCGUUCAGGUGCAACCAGAAGCCUCGCUGUUCUGUGGGCUUUACCCAAGAUGCACAAGGCAGCUGUAUUGACGUUGAUGAAUGCGAUGCCGCGGUCCAGCCGUGUAAUCCAGGAUUCAGUUGCAUCAACACGAUAGGGUCCUACAACUGUCAACGCAGGAUAAUAUGCAGUCGAGGCUAUCACGCCAGUCCUGAUGGAUCCAGAUGCAUUGAUGUGGACGAGUGUCAGAGUCAUCUCCAUCGAUGUGGAGAGGGCCAGCUGUGCCACAAUAUGCCUGGUUCCUAUCGCUGCGACUGCCAGACGGGCUACCAGUACGACGCGUUCAGAAAGAUGUGUGUGGAUGUAAAUGAGUGCUGGCACUACCCAGGACGCCUGUGUGCCCAGACCUGUGAGAACACUCCAGGAUCAUACCAAUGCUCCUGUACGGUCGGCUUCCGCAUAUCUGCAGAUGGAAAGAACUGUGAAGAUGUGAAUGAGUGCUUGACCAGCCCAUGCAGUCAGGAGUGCACCAACAUCUAUGGGUCAUAUCAGUGUUACUGCAGAGAGGGCUACUACCUGAGGGAGGAUGGGCAGACCUGUGAAGAUAUUGAUGAAUGCUCCCAGAGCAUCGGCCAUCUGUGUAGCUAUAAGUGUGUCAACGUUCCUGGCAGUUAUAAGUGUGCAUGUCCUGAACAUGGCUACACCAUGUCUGCUAAAGGCCACGCGUGUCGAGAUAUUGACGAGUGUGCCACUGGGGUCCAUAACUGCUCUCUAGCUGAGACCUGCUACAACAUCCAAGGAAGUUACCACUGCCUUGCGUUCAACUGUCCGCAAAACUACCGCAAAGUGUCUGACACGCGCUGUGAGCGAAUCAGCUGUCCAAACUACCUGGAGUGUCAAAAGUCCCCUCUCAGAAUCACCUACUACUACCUCAGUUUCCAGUCCAACAUUGUUAUUCCUGCUCAGAUCUUCCGCAUUGGACCGUCUCCUGCCUACUCUGGAGACAACGUUAUCAUCAGUAUCCCUCAAGGAAAUGAGGAAAACUACUUCAGCACUCGGAAGCUGAAUGCUUACACAGGCGCUGUGUACUUGCACCGACAGGUUGAGGGUCCCAAGGACUUCCUGAUUAAUGUUGAGAUGAAGCUGUGGAGACAGGGGACAUUUACUACUUUUCAGGCCAAAAUCUAUGUCUUCAUCACAGCCAACUCACUGUAACAGCCAGAGCUACUCUGUGGCCAUGAUGGACCUUAAUACAGUUCAUAUGAACUUUUCAUAUUGCUGCCUAACAGUAAAAAA